UUCUGUCAAAAGUUCAAACAAAUUUUCCAUUAUUGAGCAAGUCCAUUGAACCAUAUUGUAUAUACAUAAUUCAGCUUCGGAGCGUAAUAUCGGUGAUACAGAUAUAUUUAUGUUAUAUAGUGCAGUGACACUGGCAGUACAAGGUCAUUUGUCAGUGUUUGGAUAUAACUGUAACAUGUGAAUGCUGGAUAAAAUGCCCUCUUUACCAAAAUGUCAUCAAGUAUACCUUAUUUUAAGGACCAGGGAAUGAUGACAGCUUUGGUGGCUUGAUAUAUACAUGUUAAAAGCAUGAGUACCGUGGUGGUAGAUCCACCAAGCCAAGCUGUGGAUGGCUCCCACCGUCGUCGAUGGUGUCGACCAUCGGGAGGAUUCAAGCGAUGGUUGAUCUUAGCAGGUCUGUUCACGGUGACCUUCCUAGAAGUAGGAUCAGUCAGGACACUUUCCCUCUUCCUUGAUGACUUCACAUUUCAGUUUGAUGUCAGUACUUCGUACAUGGGGGCAAUAUACGGACUCAUCACGGGCCUGCCAUAUUUUUUGGGAUUAAUCAACAUACUUCUGCUACGCCAUUUCUCCAUUCGGCAACUCAUGAUAGUUGGUGGGACACUGUCAUCAGCGGGACUGAUCGCUGCCUCAUUUACCACAACAGCAUCGCAGAUCACUGCAUCUUUAAUUGCAUUUGGUUUAGGUUACAUGUUCAUCAUUCUGCCAUCUCACUCCUGUGUCCCUGACUAUUUUCCUGAUCAUUUCGAGAUUGCAACGGGUAUCUUUUCAUCAGGUUCAAGCGUCGGUGUCAUGUUAAUGCCUUGGAUUUUUGAUACCAUUAUCUAUGCGUACGGAUGGAGGGGCGGUCUCCUACUUCUUGGUGCGUUUACCACCCAUUUUAUUCUCAUCGGCUCACUAUUACAACUGACCCACCGAAAACGCCCGAGACAAGAUGAUCUUACUCAUCGCGAUGCCGAAGAUUUUGCUCAUAGCAAUGUCAACUUUGAAAUGGAUUUUGUUGGUGACAAGACUACUGAGAGCGAAGCCUCAGUGUACGGCCGUUCGGAAGAAAUAGUUCACAGUUCGAACGCUACUCCACAAAUAAAAACAGGACUUCCUUCUAAUUCAACCGAUGAUAAAAUGAAAAUAAAUAGCGAGAGUAGUUAUUGUGAUAGCCACCAGCCAACGACACGUGUCAAUGGUAUUUCGACAGUAAGAACUGAGACGAAUUCGAAAUCUCCUUUGGAAGAUAAGAAUAAAAAAGUUUCUACGCCUAGUCUUUCAGAGGUGAACGUGGACGAUGUCGUUAAUGACGGCGAAAAUAACAAGAAAUGUUAUUUUCAUACUUUCUCGUCCCCCGUAAGGUUCUUCAAAAAGCAUCCCCUCAUGAUCGCAGUUUGUGUACAAGUCUACAUUUUUGCUCUUACAUACGGUACCUGGCUUCUCUUUACCAUCCCCAACGGUCAAGCCAAAGGCCUAACUGACCUGAAGGCUGUCCAACUCUCAAUCGCAGGUGGAGUUGCCAACUUUUUCGGUCGAUUCUCUUGUGGCUUCAUCACCUCAAGAAACGUCGCACGAAUCGAAGUUUGGUACAUGAUUGCGAACAUCGUUUCAGCAAUUGCAUUCUUCGUGAACUAUGUGGCUGAUUCCUUUUGGUUCCUUCUGGUUCUCUCCCUAAUGUUUGGAUUUUCGAUCGGUUUCAAAAUUCCUGCACAAUUUACUCUUGUGAUGAAUGCUGUUGGAGAGAAACGCUUCAAAACAGGGCUUGGUAUACUCUACGUGUGCAGUGGCUCAUCCUUUCCGUUCCUUGGUUUCGUUGUAGGAUCCAUCUUUGACCGCUUUCAGUCGUAUAAUAUCGCAUUUUGCAUCAUGGGGGCACUGGAUGUGUUUGCUGCGAUUCUUAUCAUAUUCCCUGUUGCCUGGCAAAGAUUUUACAAAAGAACAACUGACUGAUAUGCAUAUG